GUUCUACUGCCCCUGAGUGACCUUGAUUAUGAAAACCAAAGACGUAUAUACGAAAUAUUUUUAGAUAAUCACAUAGUGGUUGUAGUAUGAUCUAAUGUCCAUCUAAUGAUGGAAAAUUAAAUAUAAAAAUGUUUAUUUCUGUUUUAAUAAAGAAACGUUUUUGUAAACAACACAUGUCUAUAUUUCCGGACAACCUUACUACUUCCGGUUCAGUCACAUGCAAUGUUUACGUGAAGAGUUGUUCGAUGUCAUUUCCAUUAUGUAGCAGAUGAUAACAUAUGGAUUUAGGAUGAUGAGGCGAAGGAAGGCACCAGUUUCAGAAGAAGAGAGAGAGCAGGAAGUGUUAUCAAGCUUGUGUCAACUGCUAAGGAAGAAUGGAGACAAGAUUCUGCAGGGUGAGGGGAAGCUGUCCCUCACUACACAAAGUCUGGGAAUGCUGGGAACGUCCAUGCGUCGACUGAGUGACACGGAGAGUAUGGGACUGGCAGCAUCGGCAGCAACGUUCAACAAGAUCAACAGGCAGGCCGCUGCCUGGAAACAGGAUGUGGAAUUCCUGCGGGAUUUUAUAUCUAAAACUUUGGCCAUCAAACUGAUGCAUGGCUCGAAUACAAUGCAGGGUGCAAUUCAGAUACAUCGGUUCCGCAGCUUGACUUUGUUGGAGGUGAAGAAGGUCCCCAUCCAUAUGAUAGAGGGCUUGCAGGUCCUGCGGGGGCAGCUGCAUACCGUCAUCGUGUCCCGCAGCCUCAUGCAUCUGCAGGAGCUGUUCGAGACGUGUGGUGGAGACAUGAGUGCUCCCAUGUCCUGGCCACACCUCAAGUCCGCAUCUGUCAGCUUUAACGGCAUUCAGAGUCUGGAUGGAUCACUUAGAUUACUGCCAUGCUUGGAGGAGUUCGAUGUGAGCCACAACCAACUGGAUAGGGCAGACAAGAACCUGGAGUACCUGACAGAGCUGCAGCGACUCAACCUGGGCUACAACUGCCUCUCGUCACUACCCACCUUCUCCAUCACCUGCAAGGCCAAGCUCAGAACCCUUGUCAUCAAGAAUAACAAUCUGGAUAACAUUACAGGCGUGGAGGAGUUGACUGCCCUCCAGGAGCUGGACGUGUCUGAGAACUGCAUCGCCGACCAUCAGUGCCUGCAAGCUCUCUCCAGCCUCCUCCUGAUGUACAGGCUGAACACUGUCGGUAAUCCCAUUGCCUACCACAGGGAACACCGAGUCCUCACCACAGGCUGCCUGUCACGGCAGGUUCUCACCACACAGUUUGAACUGGAUGGAAAGAAGUUGUCAGCAUCUGAAAUUUCUGCUGCACGACAACGGAUGCAGUUUGUGAGUUCCUCUCGCCAACCAUCCUCUCGUCGACCAUCCUCUCUUGCUCACAAUGUGAUAACCCAAGGAAGUCAUUUCCGCGACUAUACAGACUCCGGAGAGUUCAGUAUCAACGAGUCAGAUGGUAUCGCUACCUCAGUUUCUGUAGGUCCAAAGAAGAAGGGAAAGAGACGCAAUAAACGGGCAAGAGAGAUAGCGGACAUGGAUUCAUCUGCUACUGAGGUUUCAUCUCUGGAGGGAUCUUACAGUUCAACCAAGGGAGGCUACUUUGCAGACCAUGUAAACACGCGGCAGACGCCGUUGAGAUGCUGCGUGACCACUACGGCCCCAACUGGCUCCAGGCCAUGGGCCCCCACUUCAGUGACACAGGCCGCAGUGGCCUCCAACAGUGCAGCAAGUGACUCAGACACCACCAGCAGGGUCGUCAACAACAACACCAGCAAGAAAUCUAGCAAAGACCCCACCACGAGCUCUAGUAAGGACACUAGCAAGGACUCCAUGGUUACAGCCAUGGUUACAGCCACAACCACGAGUCAGCCAGCUGUGGUGAGCAAUGGCCUGUCUGAGAGUGUCCCCACUGCAGAUGAUCUGUACCUGAAUGAACCAACACAGUCAGUCAGCUUGUCUCGCUCCCCACCGGACGAGAACUCAGAGAUGGAGAAACAGAAUCGACAUGGAGGCGACCAUUCAAGGGGGUCUGGUUUGAACAACAGUGAGAUGGUUGCAACAGUUAGACAGGAGAGUUCAGGGUUUGAGUGGACGAGGAGUGAAGAUGAAGAAAUCGAAUCCUAUGGGGAGGAAAGUGAACCAUUUAUUGUGUUUCUGAAGCAGAAGAGCUUUGAGCAGAUGCUAGUAACUUUGAACCAGCGAUACAUCCUGGAAAAGAAUUUAAAUGGAGCGAUAACAGAAAGACUUGACUUGAAAUCACUGCUGUCGCUGGAUCAGUCAGAAGAUCGUGUAGACCAUGAGGAUGUGAUGGGAAACAUUUUGAUGCCUCAUCUGCAGCUGACGUUCGAUUAUGUGAGGAAAGACAGACGCGAGAGAGUUUAUGUCAUGGAAAAUGAAGAAAGUGCACAGAAAAUGUGUGAUUUUCUUCAACCAUUCUUGUAUGAGAGGGAACUUAAAUCACUGCCAAAGUUUGUCUAUCAGUGCCUGAAAUGUUGCAGCACAACUUCAGUGGUGAAAAAGGAAACCUCUGUCCAACCAAAGCGUCCUUGCCUAGAGUGGGAUCCAGCAAGGUCUUGCUUUCCUGAGCCAGGUGAGUGUGAUGUACCAGUGCCCCAAGUGUGGGAUGACCAUGUGAUCCAAGUGGAGAAGACGGUGGACUCCCAGCCAUCCUCAGCGCUGUCCACUCCUGUGGGGUCCUACUCCAGUUCCAGUGGCAGCUACCUCAGUCCAGGCCGGGGGCAGCGCUCAGACUCUCAAGGAUUUGUACCUAGUCCUUUGGCAAAAUCUACCCCUCGGAAACCACAGAUAUCAACGAAUGUUGGUGAGCAAGUGCAGAAUGUGCGGCGAAAUCUGUACUCCGAUAACCAGCAACUGGAUGCUGCAGCCAGACCAAGGAGCAACGCAUUUGUUGAAAACACUGAAACACCCAGGACGAAAUCCAGUAGUUUAGAAUCUCACAUAGAAUCGGUGACGACUCCCAUAGAGAACAAAGCAUUCAGACGGCAGUCCUGGUCGGAUAUGGAUCACGGCUUAAUGAACAAAGUGUCUUAUCCCCGUUAUGCAUCUCAGGACAGUGAUAUUACAAUAUUGACUAACCCCAGCGAGGGCAGUAUAGCGGUUAUAUCCGAGUCAAGUUGUGAGACUUUGUCAGCACUCACACCAGUGGAGGAUAAGAAGAGCAUACAGGAAGUGUUGGUGGAAGAGGUCAGCGAGAAGGAAGAAGUGAGGGGAAAUGUUUUCAAGGAGGAGGUGAAGGGGAAUGUUUUCAAGGAGGAGGUGAUGGUCAGAAGUGCCUCAGAACCUAAACAGUUACAUAUUCCUUCUGAACAAACUGAUGUUGGCUUCGAUAAGGAUAUCACACCCAUGGGAUCGCCGUUGUCCAACAGUAUUUGUAGCAGCAUGGUGUCGAGUGUUUAUCAAAACUCGGGACUCGAUGGCACCAAGGAAGACUCCAAGAGUGAAAGUAGUCCCUCUAGAGUGAGUGAGGUGGUGCCAGGGAGUGAUGGAACUGAUACACCCAGUAUAUAUGACAGUGGCAUUGCAUCCAGUAUUGGGAAAGACAAACGGACUAGCUUCCAUGAUAAGAGUGAUAGUGCGUCUGACAUCAAUGUGAUCGUGACGGAGGGGCAAGACGUGGAGCUGGUGGAGGAAGUGGUGGAGGUGGUUCAGACAAGGGAGAGGUCCCAUGCAGUGUAUGAACAUCCCUUUACCCAUGUCGACCACCACCUCAAGCUGCACCUCAUGAUGAACGUGUUUGAUGACAACGAGGAAUUCGAGUGUAUAUUGAAGUGUGAUGCCUGUCAAUAUCUGGUGGAGGAGGAGUUCAGAGCUAUUCUGGUGAUGACAGCAACCAAGUUUUAUGUGUUUAAAGUGGCAGCCGAUACAUCCAGUGAGACAGUAUCAGACUGGUUGACCACGGUGGACAUCCAGCCCGUCACAGAGCUCCAGUACGUGGACAUGGGUCUGGGGUGUCAGUGUUUCCGUAUGGAGUUCGACACUGAGUGUUCCUGCUAUACAUUCAUGAUGAGGGAUGCUGACCAGUGUAACAGCUUCGUCACCUUCCUGUCAGAGUUGCUGCAGAAGAAUGUACUGAGUAUGCACAACAAGAUCAAGGCUGAGUUCCAGCUCAAACCGGCCAAAUCCACAAUGGCCGACAUUCUCAGGGAAGUGUUGUCACGGAAAUCUGAGGAGGAGGCACUUGAGCUGUACCUCAUGGGGUACAUGGUGAGAGGUCGCAAUCCGAGCUAUCCAGUGAGUUUUGUGUUGAGCAACCGGUCAGUGUGCCUGGUGAAGGAGAGUCACCAGUGGCCACAGCCUCGUCUCCAGGCGCCGCUAGCCGCAGACUCCGUGGCCAAACACUUCACGGUGCUGGAGAGACAGCCCAUCAACAACAUUGCCACUGUGGAAAUAGUUGAGAUGGACAAGAGACAAAUGAGGCUUUCCUUCUUCAAUGAACACACUGGUCUGGAGACCAAGUGGCAGAUCACCAUGGAAACGACAAACGGUGUACAGUCAUUAGUGAACGGAAUCCGGCAGCCGUGGGAGGAAGAGUUUGGUGUGGAGCUGGAUGUCACCAUGGUGCCUUUCACAGACUCUGAGAACGAGGAGGACUAAGGCGUUGUGGUCAGACAAUCAUACCAUGGCGUGAUAAGAAGAAUUAACUCUUUGACCUGCCAACUCAAUCAUGACUGAGGGUCUUUGACAUCAGAAGCACAACCCGAUCCUUUUCUCAAAGAAAAUACCACUGCGUUGUCUUUUGCAUUGUGGAUAAGGAAAUCUUAGCAAAGUUGAUUUAAAAUCCCAGAUAGGUGUUAAAUUAUCCUCAACCAUGUUGCAAUAUUAUUGGAACUAGUACCGUUACACACUGUCUGUAAUUAUUUCAGAGGUGUUCUACAGAUAGCAGAUGGAAUUAAUUCUCUGUUGUUGUUUAUCCAUUCCGAACAAAACCUAUAAAGGAUAAUCAUUCAGAAAUGAUAAAUCGUAGCAGGGACAUAUGUGGUCCCCCUCAACUAUACUCCCCAUCAAAAGUUUAGACUCACUAGUGUAAAUGUAGCGAUUUAGGGACCGUUCAUAAUU